AUGUUCAUAGUAAUCUUUUUCCCAACAUUCAUCUCAUCAGAUUUUGGUCAGAAGAUUGUCGACCAGUAUCCAUUAUCGACAAUACGAAAACCAAAUAUAACAAUUCUGAUGAUGUUUCCCGAUAUCGAUCGUUUUAUACCGAAUUUGAAGUCUUUAUUGAUCGUUUACGAAUAUAUUGUGGAUCGAUAUAAUAUUUCCAAUUGGCUUAAUGUUCAUUUGAAAAUUAAAGAUUCAAAUUGUUCCAUAUCGUUAGCGCCACAUAAACUCGUUACAACAAUGCUUUCAACAAUGCCUGAUGUCGUUUUCGGACCUUUUUGCGAUUUAGCCGUCGCACCUGUAGCUCGUUUACUCCAUUAUGAACGUAUUCCAUUGGUGACAAUGGGAGCAGUUUCGAAUGAUUUUACUUUGCAACGCGAAACUAUGUAUUCCACUUUGUUUCGAUUUGGAUAUCGAACGGAUGAGCUCGGCGCAUUAUUGAUUAAACUGUUCCAGUACUAUAAAUGGUCAUUCGUUAAAUUUGUCUACGAAGAUGAUCCAAAACCAUGGCAUGAAUGCCAAGUUCUUUUACGACCUAUCGCUCAUACAUUUUCCUCCAAUCAAGUUCGUUCCGAUAACCGAAAAAUAACGGAUCGUGAUAAAAAAGACAAUUACAAGUCAAUUUUUCUGGAUUUUAUUAGUAACAAUGCUUCAAUUUCGUUAUGGUGUGUCAAACCGAAAACAUUUCGUUCAGCUGUUUUAUCCGCUCAAAAACUUGGUUUUGUCAACGGAGAAUACGCGUUUAUUUAUCUUGAUACUGUGUUGACACAAGACAAUACUGAUGAGAAAAGUUUAGCAGUUCGUCAACCGUGGUAUGAUCCACUAGAAAAAGACGCUGAAAUCAAUCGAAAUGCGCGGCGAGCGUUCGAAACUGUUUUGUUUGUUCGGCAACGUUUGUACACUGACGAACGCUUUCGCCGUUUCGCUGCCAAUGUCGUUCAUUUUGCUCGAAUAACAAAUCGAACAAAUCAAUUAACACACGAAUCCAGUUCAUCUAUUAAAAUCGGAACUGAUGAAACAAACUUUUACGACGCAGUUGUAACGUAUUUCAAAGCUUUGAAAAUGCAUUAUUCGAAACAGAAUCUAUUCGAAUUGAGCGAUUCAGAUGCACUACGAACGUAUUCGCCAUUGAACGCUCAAAUAUUCAAAACAAUGAUUUGUAAUCGAUCAAUCGAAGGCGCUAACAAGAACAUUACGAUGAAUCAGAUCUGCGAUCGAAUCGAUACGGGUUACGCGAUUUAUGACAUGGAUCCCGAAAGCGGAGAGCUAGAGGCUGUUGUCGCAUAUCCAGCUGAACCAUUCUCGAUUGAAAACAAACAACUGCAAUGGUUAAAUGAAUCGCGUUUGAUUUAUUUUAUUGGCAACAAUUCAACAUUCAUUCCUGAUACACCGCGCUGUGGAUUCAACAAUAUAAAAUGUCCUAAAAAGACGCUUAUCCCAAUAUGGGGCUGGAUUAUCAUAAGUCUUUCAGUGAUCAUUGUUCUUCUUCUCAUCGUCGGUUUGAUUUUGUAUCGACGAGCAAAAUUCGAAGCAGAAUUAAAAGCAAUGCAAUGGUUAAUCAAAUGGGAAGAAUUAAUCACACGAACAUUGUUGCAUAAUGGUGUCGCUACACCAUCUUUCAACAAAUUAUCUGCUUCCCAAAAGGAUUUAUCCAUUCAGAAGUCACGUAAUUCGAUUGCAAGUCACCAUUCGGCGGAUAGUGAUCUAGGUGGCCCAUCGAAACAAACAUUUACAAAAACAGCGAUAUAUAAAUCAUCUGUAGUCUCAUUAAAACGUUUUCACAAGCCUAAAUUGGAAACAACACGUGCGUUACAAUUAGAAGUGAAAGCAAUGCAAGAUCUUCAACAUGAUCAUAUCGCUCGAUUUAUCGGUAUUUGUAUCGAUCCCAAACAUCAAUACAUCGUUACAGAAUAUUGUCCGAAAGGAAGUCUACAGGACAUUCUCGAGAAUGAAGAAAUCAAGCUUGACACAAUGUUCAAGUAUUCGAUAAUGCAUGAUAUUGUUAAAGGCAUGCAACACAUCCACAAUAGUCAAAUAGGUUCACAUGGAAAUCUGAAAAGUUCGAAUUGCGUUGUUGAUAGUCGAUUCAUUUGUAAAAUAACGGAUUUCGGAUUACCAUCAUUACGUCCAGAUACGAAUAAAGGUUCACCGCCAGGUGCUGUUGAAGAUUACGCGUAUUAUCGAAGUCGAUUAUGGACAGCACCGGAACUAUUGAGAGAUCAAAAUCCACCAUCAGCAGGAACAGUGAAGGGUGAUGUAUAUAGUUUUGGUAUAAUUUUACAAGAAAUCGAAUUACGAAAUGGACCGUGGUAUUUACGAGAUCGAGAAUUAGAACCAGCCGCCAUUGUUGAGAGUGUCAAAUCGGGUAGUCUACUUCGACCCACACUUGAAGCUGGUGAUUGUAAUACGGAAAUUGGACAGUUGAUGAAACGUUGUUGGCAUGAAGAUCCAAAUGAAAGACCGGAAUUUUCCGAUAUACGACAAGUGAUGCGUCGAAUUAAUAAAGAUUUGGACAGUGGAAAUAUUCUCGACAAUUUACUUAAACGUAUGGAACAAUAUGCAAAUAAUCUUGAAGGAUUAGUAGAAGAACGCACAAGUGAUUAUUUAGCUGAGAAAAAGAAAGCAGAAGAAUUACUCUAUCAAUUAUUACCUCGAACGGUCGCUGCUCAAUUGAUGGUCGGUCAACCGGUGACAGCUGAGUCUUUUGAAUGUGUUACUAUUUAUUUUUCUGAUAUUGUUGGUUUUACUUCAUUAUCAUCUGAAAGUACGCCAUUGCAAGUGGUUGAUCUGCUUAACGAUCUCUACUCGGUCUUCGAUGGUGUUACUGAGAAUUACGACGUUUACAAAGUAGAAACCAUCGGUGAUGCUUAUAUGGUUGUUUCGGGUUUGCCAACACGAAAUGGAGAUUUACAUGCACGAGAAAUCGCUCGUCUCUCAUUAGCGCUCCUCAAUGCAGUUCUUAAGUUUCGUAUUCGACAUCGACCUGAAACGCAAUUGUUAUUACGUAUUGGUAUUCAUUCCGGACCAUGUGUUGCAGGUGUCGUUGGGCUUAAAAUGCCGCGAUUUUGUUUAUUUGGCGAUACGGUGAACACCGCAUCACGAAUGGAGUCGAACGGUAAAGCAUUACGCAUUCAUGUAUCAUCGAGUACAGCAUGUAUUUUGCAAAAAAUCGGUACAUUUGAAUUAAAACUUCGUGGUGACAUCGAAAUGAAGGGUAAAGGAAAACAACGAACGUAUUGGCUACUUGGUGAACAAGGUGGUUUGAGUGCUCAACAUACAUUGGUGAACUGGAACGAUGAUAUAACUGACGAACAUUGA